AUGUUUCUUACAUUUUCCACUAGAGAUGUUCAAGAAUGUAGAGAAUUACUGGAAAGUUUUGAUAGUGCUCUUCAGUCUGUGCAGUCUUCUGUGGGCGGAAACGAUGAACUCUCAGCUACUUUUUUAGAAAUGAAAGGACAUUUCUACAUGCAUGCUGGUUCUCUACUUUUGAAGAUGGGGCACCAUAGUGAUGUACAGUGGCGAGCGCUCUCUGAGUUAGCUGCUCUUUGCUAUCUCAUAGCAUUUCAGGUUCCAAGACCAAAGAUUAAACUAAUAAAAGGAGAAACUGGACAAAAUCUACUGGAAAUUAUGGCCUAUGAUCGUCUGAGCCAAUCAGGGCACAUGCUGGUAAACUUAAGUCGUGGCAAGCAAGACUUUUUAAAAGAGGUUGUGGAAUCCUUUGCCAAUAAGAGUGGGCAGUCUGCUUUAUAUGAUGCUCUGUUUUCUAGUCAGUCACCUCAGGAUAGAUCUUUCCUUGGUAGUGAUGAUAUUGGAAACAUUGAUGUAACAGUGCCAGAGCCUGAUGAUUUGGCCAGAUAUGAUGUUGGUGCCAUUCGAGCACAUAAUGGUAGUCUUCAGCACCUUACUUGGCUUGGCUUACAGUGGAAUUCACUGUCCAUCUUACCUGCAAUUCGAAAAUGGCUAAAACAGCUUUUUCAUCAUUUGCCUCAGGAAACUUCAAGACUUGAAACAAAUGCCCCUGAAUCAAUAUGUAUUUUAGAUCUUGAAGUAUUUCUGCUUGGAGUAAUAUACACAAGCCACUUACAAUUAAAAGAGAAAUGUAAUUCUCACUACAAGUCCUAUCGGCCAUUGUGCUUACCGCUUCCUGUGUGUAAACAGCUUUGUACAGAAAGACAAAAAUCUUGGUGGGAUGCAGUUUGUAAUCUGAUUCACAGAAAGGCAUUACCUGGAACCUCGGCAAAAUUGCGACUUCUGGUUCAGCAUGAAAUAAACACCCUAAGGGGUCAGGAGAAACAUGGCCUUCAACCUGCUCUGCUUGUAUAUUGGGCAAAAUGUCUUCAGAAAACAGGCACUGAGCUUAAUUCUUUUUAUGAUCAACGGGAAUACAUAGGCAGAAGUGUUUAUUACUGGAAGAAAGUAUUGCCAUUGUUGAAGACAAUCAAAAAGAAGACCAGUAUUCCUGAACCUGCUGAUCCUUUGUUCAAACAUUUUCAUAGUGCAGACAUACAGAUGUCUGAAAUUGGUGAAUAUGAAGAAGAAGCACACAUAACGUUUGCUAUAUUGGAUGCAGUUAAUGGAAAUAUAGAAGAUGCUAUGACUGCUUUUGAAUCUAUAAAGAAUGUUGUUUCUUACUGGAAUCUUGCAUUGAUUUUUCACAGGAAAGCAGAAGACAUUGAAAAUGAUGCCCUUUCUCCUGAAGAACAGGAAGAAUGCAAAAAUUACUUGAGAAAGACCAGAGACUACCUAAUAAAGAUUUUAGAUGAUAGUGAUUCAAAUCCAUCAGUGAUUAAGAAAUUACCCGUGCCUCUGGAAUCUGUAAAGGAAAUGCUCAAUUCAGUCAUGCAAGAGCUAGAAGACUAUAGUGAAGGAGGUCCUCUUUAUAAAAAUGGUUCUUUGCGAAAUGCAGAUUCAGAACUAAAACAUUCUACACCAUCUCCCACCAAAUACUCACUGUCACCAAGUAAAAGUUAUAAGUUUUCUCCCAAAACACCACCUCGAUGGGCAGAAGAUCAAAAUUCUUUGCUGAAAAUGAUCUGCCAACAAGUGGAAGCUAUUAAGAAAGAAAUGCAAGAAUUGAAACUAAAUAGCAGUAACUCAGCCUCCCCUCAUCGUUGGCCCACAGAGAAUUAUGGACCAGAUUCAGUGCCUGAUGGAUAUCAGGGAUCACAGACUUUUCAUGGGGCUCCACUAACUGUUGCAACUACUGGCCCUUCAGUAUAUUAUAGUCAGUCACCAGCAUAUAAUUCCCAGUAUCUUCUCAGACCAGCAGCUAAUGUUACUCCCACAAAGGGUUCUAAUACAGAAUCUAAGUCAACAAAAGAAGGAUUUAAUUUUUCCAUCCCUGUGUCUGCUGAUGGAUUUAAAUUUGGCAUUCAGGAGCCAGGAAAUCAAGAGAAAAAGAAUGAAAAUGAGAAGCCCUUUGAAAAUGACACUGGUUUCCAGACACAAGAUGUUAGUAGCCAGCAGAAUGGAAGUGGUUUGAUUUUUGGUCAGACUAGUAGCACUUUUACCUUUGCAGAUCUUGCAAAAUCAACUUCAGGGGAAGGAUUUCAAUUUGGUAAAAAAGAUCCUAAUUUUAAAGGAUUUUCAGGUGCUGGAGAAAAAUUAUUUUCAUCACAGAGUGGUAAAAUGGUUGAUAAAGCCAGUGCUUCUACUGACCUUGAGAAAGAUGAUGAUGCAUAUAAGACUGAGGACAUUGAUGAUAUCCAUUUUGAACCAGUAGUUCAGAUGCCUGAAAAAGUGGAACUUGUAACAGGGGAAGAAGAUGAAAAAGUUCUUUACUCACAGCGGGUAAAAUUAUUUAGAUUUGAUGCUGAGAUAAGUCAGUGGAAAGAAAGAGGCUUGGGGAACUUAAAGAUUCUCAAAAAUGAAGUUAAUGGCAAACUAAGAAUGCUGAUGCGAAGAGAACAAGUACUGAAAGUAUGUGCUAAUCAUUGGAUAACCACUACAAUGAACCUGAAGCCUCUGUCUGGUUCAGAUAGAGCAUGGAUGUGGCUAGCUAGUGAUUUUUCUGAUGGUGAUGCCAAACUAGAACAACUGGCAGCAAAAUUUAAAACACCAGAGUUGGCUGAAGAAUUCAAGCAGAAAUUUGAAGAAUGUCAGAGACUUCUAUUAGAUAUACCACUUCAAACUCCCCAUAAACUAGUUGAUACUGGUCGAGCUGCUAAGUUAAUACAGAGAGCUGAAGAAAUGAAGAUACAGAGUGGAUCUGAAAGAAAAGUGGAAUCUAACAAAUGUGAACUGUCAAAGAAUUCUGAUAUCAAACAGUCUUCAGAUGUCAAAACCAGAAAUCUCCUUACUUCCCCUCCAAAGGAAGAGUCCUCAACUAAAUACAUAUUUAAAACACCAGAAAAAGCAAAAGAGAAGGAAAAACCAGAAGAUCCUCCUUCAGAUGAUGAAAUUCUCAUUGUAUAUGAGCUAACUCCAACCCCUGAGCAAAGAGCCCUUGCAAGCAAACUUAAACUUCCUCCAACUUUCUUCUGCUAUAAGAAUAAACCAGAUUAUGUUAGUGAGGAAGAAGAGGAUGAUGAAGAUUUUGAAACAGCUGUCAAGAAACUGAAUGGAAAAUUAUAUUUGGAUGACGCAGAAAAACGCAAGCCAUUGGAAGAAAAUCAAGCAGAUAACGAGAAAGAAUGUGUUAUUGUUUGGGAAAAGAAACCAACACUUGAAGAGAAGGCAAAAGCAGAUACAUUAAAGCUUCCACCUACUUUUUUUUGUGGAGUAUGCAGUGAUGUUGAUGAAGACAAUGGAAACGGGGAAGAUUUUCAAUCAGAGGUUCAAAAAGUUCAGGAAGCUCAAAAAUCCCAGAGUGAGGAACCGACUGAAGUGACUAGCACAACUGACAGUGUUUGUACAGGUGGGACUGAGGUGACCUUUCCAUUUUUCUGUAAAUCUGAAGAACCUGAUUCUAUGACCAAAUCUGUUAGUUCAGCACCUGUUUCUUCUGGAACUGAGGACAAACCUGUGGAUUUGUCUACUAAAAAGGAAAAUGAUGCAGAUUCUACAAGCCAAGUAGAAAGCAAAACUGUUACAUUUGGGUUUGGAAGUAGCACAACACUAUCAUUUGCGGACUUGGCUUCCAGUGCACCUGGGGAUUUUGCUUUUGGUAGUAAAGAUAAAAACUUUCAGUGGGCAAAUACUGGAGCAGAUGUGUUUGGAACACAGUCAACAAGUAAAGUUGGUGAAGAUGAAGAUGGGAGUGAUGAAGAAGUAGUUCAUAAUGAAGAUAUCCAUUUUGAACCAAUAGUGUCAUUACCAGAGGUAGAAGUAAAAUCAGGAGAAGAAGAUGAAGAGAUUUUAUUUAAAGAGAGAGCUAAACUUUACAGAUGGGAUCGAGAUGUCAGUCAGUGGAAAGAGCGUGGUGUUGGAGACAUAAAGAUUCUUUGGCACACAAUGAAGAAUUAUUACCGGAUCUUAAUGAGAAGAGACCAGGUCUUUAAAGUGUGUGCAAACCAUGUUAUUACUAAAACAAUGGAAUUAAAACCCUUAAGUGUUUCAAAUAAUGCUUUAGUUUGGACUGCCUCAGAUUAUGCUGAUGGAGAAGCAAAAGUGGAACAGCUUGCAGUGAGAUUUAAAACUAAAGAAAUGGCUGAUUGUUUUAAGAAAAAAUUUGAAGAAUGUCAACAGAAUUUAUUGAAACUCCAGAAAGUACAGGUAUCACUUACAGCAGAAUUAUCAAAGGAAACAAAUCCUGUGGUGUUUUUUGAUGUUUGUGCAGACAGUGAACCUCUAGGACGUAUAACCAUGGAAUUAUUUUCGAACAUUGUUCCUCAAACUGCUGAGAACUUCAGAGCACUGUGCACUGGAGAGCUGGGCUUUGGUUUCAAGAACUCUAUUUUCCACAGAGUAAUUCCAGAUUUUGUUUGCCAAGGGGGAGAUAUCACCAAACAUGAUGGAACAGGAGGACGGUCCAUUUAUGGCGAUAACUUUGAAGAUGAAAAUUUCAAUGUGAAACAUACUGGUCCUGGUUUACUAUCGAUGGCCAAUCGGGGCCGGGAUACUAAUAAUUCUCAAUUUUUCAUAACACUGAAAAAGGCAGAGCAUUUGGACUUUAAGCAUGUAGUAUUUGGGUUUGUUAAGGACGGCAUGGAUACUGUGAAAAAGAUUGAAUCGUUUGGUUCUCCUAAAGGGUUGGUUAGUCGAAGAAUUAGUAUCACAGAAUGUGGACAGAUAUAAAAUCAUUGUUUUUCAUAGUAAAUUUUAUCUGCAUCAACAGUUAAAUUGAAGCUUAGCUGUUACAGACAAUACGGUAAUUAUGUUCAGCUUUUGAAAAUGGACGUUUCCAAUGUAUAAAUGUAAAAUUGCAGCUUAUAGCUGUUGUCAUUUUUUAAUGUGUUAUAAUUGACCUUGCAUGGUGUGAAAUAAAAGUUUAAACACUGG